CAUGACCUCUGGCAACUUCUCUUCUACAAUGGACCUCUUUUCCCUUCCCAACAGCACUGCCCUCGUAACAGGCGGCACCCGGGGCAUUGGCCAGCAAAUGGCCCUCGCCCUGGCUGAAGCCGGUAGCGAUAUCAUCCUCGUCCAGAGAGACACAACCAACCAAACCACCAAAACCCUCAUCGAAUCCCUCAACCGCAAAGCCACCAUCUACACAGCCGACCUCUCCAACCGAGAGGACGUCACAACCCUAGUCCCGCGCAUCCUCGCCGACGGCCACGAUAUCACCAUCUUGGUCAACUGCGCCGGCAUCCAACGCCGGCACCCGAGCCACCUCUUCCCGGACUCCGACUGGGACGCGGUCCUGCAGACGAACUUGACGACCGUCUUCACGCUGUCCCGGGAUGUCGGUCGGUACAUGCUCACGCGCGAACCGGACAGCCACGGCCAGCGCGGCGCCAUCAUUAACGUCGCCUCCCUGGUCUCCUUCCAGGGCGGACUGACGGUGCCCGCCUACGCGGCCGCCAAGGGCGGGGUGGCGCAGCUCACCAAGGCGCUGAGCAACGAGUGGGCGGCGCGCGGGGUGCGGGUCAACGCCAUCGCCCCGGGCUAUGUCGCGACGGAAAUGAACACCGCGCUGCUGCGGGAUGAGGCCCGCGCAAAGAGUAUCCUUGACCGCAUCCCGGCGGGCCGGUGGGCGAGUCCGGAGGACUUUAAGGGCGUGACGGUGUUCUUGGCGGGAAGAGCGAGCGCGUAUGUGUCUGGGAGUGUGGUGGUGGUGGAUGGGGGGUGGAUGGGGAGGUGAUUUGUACUUGACAAUAG